AUGAACAAAUUGAAAACAUCACUUGGAAAACCUCAAGAAACAUUUUUAGCACUCGAAGAAACUUUACAAUUUUUUGCUUGGUCAAUUGUUAAUAAUACCAAGACAGUCGAGUCAUCUUCGUCUGAACAAACAAAUCGUUCUUUAACUCCAUCAUCGACUACAAAUCUUCCGGUUACAUCAUCAUCAUCAUCAUCAUCAUCGAGUGAAGUUAAUCUUCCAACUGAUAAAGCACUUAAAAAAUGUAUGUAUGAAGGUGCCGCUCUUUCACUUCCACAAUUCCCUAAAACGAUAAAAUUCUUUUUUAUUACAAAUAAAUCUACAUGUCUGGAAUGGGUUAAUCGUAUUCGUAUUCCAAUUAUUUUAACAGCCGUAUGUAGUGGUCAAUAUGAAUCUGCUGUGCGAAAUUCUAAUCAAUGUCUAAUGCAUGUUUGUGCACUAGGUAAAGCAGAGGUUUAUGAUUGUUAUUUAAGUCUUCAUCAAUGGCCAGAACUGAUAACAUGGAAUGAUACAUGUAUUCAAAUGCAAAUACCUUUUUUACAAGAUCAUAAAAAAGAUUUACGUAUAACAAUGAAAACAACGAUUGAUAUAAAUGCGAUUCGAGCAAUGAGUUAUUUUGAGAAUCGAGAUUUUUAUGGUUUAAAAGUAGCAAUGAGAAAAAUGCCAAAUUCACAAGCAAUUGGAGAAGAACUUGGUCGAAAUAUUUCGUGUAGUUGGGAUAUGGAACCAUUUGAUAUGUUAGCACCUGUGGAGAAAUUAAAAGGAGUAUCAAAACGAAGAUCCGGUCUUUGGUCACUAAAUGCUGUACUUCAAUAA